CGGCGCGUGCGCAGUGGCGUCGGCGGCCCUUCCGGUGCGCAGGGCGCAGACAGGGCGUACGGACGCGGGCACGCACGCUAGCACGCACGCCCUCCUCUCGUGCCGCCGCGGUCGUUCCCGCGUCCACCAGCAGCGCCGUCCCUUCGGCCGAGAUGCUGCGGGCCUGUCAGUUAUCUGGCGUGACCGUCGCGGCGCAGAGUUGUCUGUGUGGGAAGUUUGUCCUCCGUCCACUGCGACCAUGCCGCAGAUACUCCACUUCAAGCAGUUCUGGGUUGACUGCUGGUAAAAUUGCUGGAGCUGGCCUUUUGUUCGUUGGUGGAGGGAUUGGUGGCACUAUCCUGUAUGCCAAAUGGGACUCCCAUUUCCGGGAAAGUGUAGAGAAAACCAUACCUUACUCAGACAAGCUCUUCGAGAUGGUUCUUGGCUCUACACCUUAUACUGUUCCCUUGCCAAAGAAGCCGAUUCAGUCUGGUCCACUAAAAAUCUCCAGCGUAUCAGAGGUGAUGAAAGAAUCCAGACUGCCCGUGGCACAAACCCAGAAGCAGAAGGGAGACACUCCAGCUUCAGCAGCAUCUACAGGGGCAGCUCACAUUAUUUCUGCAGCAGGUGAUACACUUUCGGUCCCAGCCCCUGUGGUUCAGCAUGAAGACGCUAUAAAAACCGACCGUCCCGACACUGGUGAAGGAAAACCCGCAUCUGUAACCUCAGAGGAAGCAUUCUCAUCUUCUGUAAGGGAGCGACCACCUGAAGAAGUUGCAGCUCGUCUAGCGAGGCAGGAAGAGCAAGAACAAGUUGAGAUGCAGUCUCUAGCCAAGAGUUUAGAAGAUGCUCUGAGCCAGACUGCAUCCGUCACUCUGCAGGCUAUUACAGCCCAGAAUGCUGCAGUUCAGGCUGUCAAUGCACACUCCAACAUACUGAAAACAGCCAUGGACAAUUCUGAGAUCGCAGGUGAGAAGAAGUCGGCCCAGUGGCGAACUGUGGAGGGUGCAUUGAAGGAACGAAGAAAGGCAGUUGAUGAAGCUGCUGAUGCCCUUCUCAAAGCCAAAGAAGAGUUAGAGAAGAUGAAAAGUGUAAUUGAAGAUGCAAAGAAAAGAGAGGUGGCCGGGGCCAAACCUCAUAUAACUGCUGCAGAGGGAAAACUUCACACCCUGAUAGUUGACCUGGAUAAUGUGGUCAAAAAGGUCCAGGCUGCGCAGUCAGAGGCUAAGGUGGUGUCUCAGUAUCAUGAACUUGUGGUCCAAGCCAGGGAAGACUUUAGAAAAGAGCUGGACAGUAUCACUCCAGACAUCACUUCUGGAUGGAAAGGGAUGAGUAUUUCUGACCUAGCUGACAAGCUCUCUGUCGAUGACCUGAACUCGCUGAUUGCUCACGCCCAUCGUCGCAUCGAUCAGCUCAACAGAGAGCUAGCACAGCAGAAAGCCACGGAGAAGCAGCACAUCGAGCUAGCCCUGGAAAGGCAAAAGCUAGAAGAAAAGCGGGCCUUUGAUUCUGCAGUGGCAAAAGCAUUGGAGCGCCACAGGGGUGAAAUACAGGCUGAGCAGGACAGAAAGGUAGAGGAAGUCAGAGAUGCCAUGGAGAAUGAAAUGAGGACCCAGCUUCGACGACAGGCAGCUGCCCACACCGAUCAUUUACGAGAUGUCCUCAAGGUGCAAGAACAAGAGCUCAAGUAUGAAUUUGAGCAGGGCAUGUCUGAGAAACUGUCUGAGCAGGAAUUAGAGUUCCGUCGUCGCAGUCAAGAACAAGUUGACAACUUUACUCUAGACAUCAACACAGCCUAUGCCAGGCUGAGAGGAAUUGAGCAGGCUGUUCAGAGUCAUGCAGUUGCUGAAGAAGAAGCCAGAAAAGCCCACCAGCUCUGGCUUUCAGUGGAGGCAUUAAAGUACAGCAUGAAGACUUCAUCUGCAGAGAUGCCUACCAUCCCACUGGGGAGUGCAGUUGAGGCCAUCCGAGUCAGCUGUUCCGAUAAUGAAUUUACCCAGGCUUUAACUGCAGCCAUUCCUCCAGAAUCCCUGACCCGGGGGGUAUACAGUGAAGAAACCCUAAGAGCCCGUUUCUAUGCUGUUCAAAAGCUAGCCCGAAGGGUAGCGAUGAUUGACGAAACCAGAAAUAGCCUGUACCAAUACUUUCUUUCCUACUUGCAGUCCCUACUCCUGUUCCCGCCUAAGCAGCUGAAGCCACCGCCAGAGCUCUACCCUGAGGAUAUAAACACAUUUAAAUUGCUCUCAUAUGCCUCCUACUGUAUUGAGCAUGGUGACCUGGAGCUGGCAGCAAAGUUUGUCAAUCAGCUAAAAGGGGAGUCCAGAAGAGUGGCACAGGACUGGCUGAAGGAGGCCCGAAUGACCCUAGAAACUAAGCAGAUAGUGGAGAUCCUGACUGCCUACGCCAGCGCCGUAGGAAUAGGAACCACUCAAGUGCAGCAAGAGUAAGGCCUAGGAAGAGUUGUGUAAUGUCAUAUUUCAUGUCAAAGAAAAUCAGCAUUGGUAUCUGCAGGGUUUGCAACAAGGGUCCCAGAAUUGUCUAGAAGUGAGCAGGGUCUAAGUCCUGUGCAAGAUGUCCACACCUGUUGCAUUUACCAUCCUGACACUGCUAUCAUGCCAAUGAACUCCAGGAGGCUCUAUUUGCAGCUUGUGUAACACUUCUGUUUUUCAGGUUUUACUGAUCAGGCUUGUGAGCCACUCAAAAUAAUGUUUGUGAUCCUACUAUUGAUUCUGCCCUUGGAGCAAACUGAAUAAAGCAACACAGUGAAAACCGA